UUCCGGGAUUUUUUUUAUUGAAAAAAGAAAUCAAUGCAUUUUCUGUCACGAUAUCUUUAACAGAUGCUUGCACCAAAGAACGUUGAUACUUAAGCAGAUCUGCUUGAAAAGAUUUCUGCUGAAGCUCUCCUUAACAGGUUGAGGUAUAUCCCAUUUCUCCUGUUAUUCAUAUAUGAGAAGAAAAUGGAACCAACUAGUUCUAACCAAUCAAAAGGCAGUAUAUUUUGUAACAAAGUAAAGACAUUGUUGAUGAGAGCAUGGAGAGAGCGUUGGCAGGAUAACCAUUGGGGAGUUAUGUUAAAGAAGAUGUUGCUUGAUGUACCUGGAGAAGCAAAAGAAUUGGCAGAAAUUUUAAUGCAGCAAGCCUUAGUUGGACCAAAUCCAAAUAAUCUGAUUUUAUCAUAUAUGAAGCAAAGUGUUACUUCUCAGGUUAUACCUUACAAUACUGCAUUAGGACUUAUAACAAAGUAUGAUGAAUUCUCCAAACCUUACUGUAUACUAGGUCUCAUCAAUAUGGUGGAAAAUAUUGCCACAAAUUUCAGUUUUGUUGCAAGUAUGGAUAAUGGUCUAACCACUUGCCGCUGUUUGCAAAGUACCAUACACUGGUUACUGAUUGGUAUAUUACAGUCACAACAGAGAGUAAAGGAGACUAGGCAACCACAACAGGAAUACAUCUCUAUCAUUGACAGAGCCAGUACUGCUAUACAGAAAGUUAUAGAAUUAUCAACAGUACAAGCAUUACUGUAUGUGGCUAUGUCUGAUGACAUGGAUAAGUUUAGAGAAUUUGAACAAACAGAAGUGAAUGUACGUGGAACAUUGAGUCAGAUUCACAAUGAUGCUUUACCAGCACAGGCGAGACAGAAAGUAACAGCAAUGUUAAAUUCUUUGUCAAAGAUACAAGAAUUUGCACCUCCAAGUCAGGCAGUAUUAGAAGUGACUACCUUACCAAUAUGUCCAUCCAUCAGUGUGCUAGUUGCUAUAGAAGCCAUACUGAAUCCAACCAAUGAUAUACAGCCAUUUGCAGAACAGAUAUGUGUUACAGAGAAACUCAUGAAGUUAACACGACCAUAUUUAUACAGUGAGUUGAUUAGGGCAUGUUUCAUGGGUCUUAUAGAUGCUAAUGAAAAGGAUAAUGAAUUGAACUGGGCUGCUUUCACAUACCUAAAGCUUCCACAAGUAGUUGUAAAGAUGAACCAGCAGGCUCCAAGAAAUGAUUUCAGUACAGAAAUAGAGCAAGGCAUAGAUCUACUUCUUAAUUCUGUUCCUCUUUUGGACUUGACUGAUAUUAAACUCAACUGUGAUUGUGUUCAGUUUCUGUUACUAGAGUUUACUAAGCAUGAUCUGAUUACUGAGGGCCAGUCUCAAAGACUCUUACAUAGAAGGAGCUCUGAAUCUGAAAAACCUGCCAAGGCCAGUGAUGUUGCUACAAAGCCUACACCUAGCCUUAUUAUUAAGGCUGAACCUACAGUUGGCAGUAUCUUAAAGACUCUGCAUACAAAUGUCUCUGCUCUGAACAGCUCCAGUGCAAAUACAUUAGAUGCUGACUGUUCUAAGAACCAAGAAGCCUUAAUCAGUGUAUUGUGUCAUAUGUUAUCUGGGAAAAGUUUUGAUCUCAUCAUAGCUGCGGCUGCUGCAAAUGGAACCUUACAGAACUUUGCUGUCAAACUUGUCAAGAUAAAUGAGUAUGCUAAACAGGUACAACAAACACAAGGGGAGAGUUCUAAAGCAGCUCAGAACAGGGCAUUGUUGUUUGAUAUCUCCUUCUUGAUGCUAUGUCAUAUCACACAACUAUAUGGAUCAGAGAUAGUAACUACAGCACCUGAUUUCUUUGACACCUUUUUCUAUCAGUGGGCCACACAGUGUUUACCUGAGGAUAGUAAAUAUAAGUGUAUAGAUAACCACACUCCUACAGAACAAAAUAAAGUGGACCAGUUACUUGGUAAUCUACUUAAAGCACAUGAACUGAACUACAUUAUGACCAGGUGGCAAGAAAUGUGUACUAACAUGCCAUUUGUUGCACAAGAAAUUCUGUUUGCCUGGGAACAUGGUGCUUUAUCUCCUGACAAUGUGAAGACAAUGGUUAACAGAAGUAAAAGCAAAAUGUUAUGCCUUCCAAUUAUCAUGUCAACAUGGUUAUGUAGUUAUAUGAACACAGUAGGGGAGGAGUCAAGAGAGAAGCCAUUGAAAAUGCUGCAAUUUUUACAGAACAUCAAUCCUACAGAGGGUGAAGUUCAUUUUACUGAAAGAUCACACUUGAUGUCUAAUAUUCUAAGGAAAAUUGUCAAUGAUAUUCUUCCUGUUAAUAUGAAGGAUAAGAGUAAUCAACACAUACCACUUAAAUUGUUACCAUGUGAAGUUCUAGACAAAUGUCUCAAGAAUCUAUUCAGUAAAGGAUGGAUAGAUAUGCAGAGUGUUUAUACAUUGGAACAACUUCUUAACCUUUGUGGUGGAGAUUGGUUCAGUGAUAGAACAGUAAUGUGUAUGUUAGAAGGAAGUCGUUUAGAAGACCUGAACAAAGCCUUGAGUAUAGUGUUUGCUAUAUUUUAUAUGGAUUUAGAACCUCUCACCUUAAGUCUGAUUCUACAUACCAUACCUAAGUUUCUACAGUCAUCACAACAUACAAAUCUUCUGACAGAUCCCAGGGGUUAUAUACUAGCAAAAUUAUGUGUAAUGUGUAUAACAUCAGCACAGACUGCCAGGACAGCUGAAAAAGAUAUAAUGUCUCACUUAAGGAGAGGACGGAAAAGAUCAAGAAAGGAAGUAGAAUUAGAUGAAAUGGAAGAGCCAGAAUGUCGUCCAGUUAAACGUAGUAAGACAAUGGAACCGCAGUUAACAUUAGAUGCAGAAGGAUAUAACUUUGGAGAGUCCAGCUCACAAGAUUUCUUGACAGCAAAAGAAGAUGGAGAGACAUCACCAACAUUUGAUGCUAAAGACCAUUUAAAUAAGGCACUAGUUAAUAUGUUCCGAUUGAUGAAUGCUAUAAGUCAGGAAAGAAGUGUAGGUCCACAAAUCAGUUUCAUUGUGUCAUUUAUAGAAGAAGCCAUUAAAUGUGGACCUCAGUAUUCAAAAGGUAUCCUACAGUUUAUGCCUCCUCAAAUGCUAAGUCAGAUCAUGAGAAACAUGCCUGCUGUGUUCACCAAUCAACAGAUACUUCACAUCUGUGACCUUUCAACCUUGACAGGGAGAAAGUGGGCUGCUAAGGCAGUGUGUCAAAAUGCAAGAUAUAAACAUGACUAUAUAAAUAUAGACAGGAACAGCUGAAAAUUAGAUUUGUUUAAAUGUGGAACACACCAGCUUGAUUUUUAAUUAAGUAUUCUGAUCUUUCAGUAAAAUGUGCAAUGCCACUAGAAACUAUCAUUUGUUUCUGAAUCAUCAUGAUCAUAGUGUAUGACAAACAACAUCUAUACCAGAAUGUGUUCAAUACUGUUGUGAAUUUAUAAUUAUGUAUGUAAGGCAGAUGUGCAUAAUGGAAGUCAUGAAUAUAGUAUACUAGAAACCAUAUGGCCUCUUCCAGUACCAAUGCAACAUUAGAAUAGUAUUUUUUGUACCACUUUUGUAUCCACUACUGUUCCUGGACAGAAUUUUACAAAAUUGUCACAGAAUCUUGCUCUCAUCAUAUUUGUUCUUUUGCACAUUUGAUUUCACUAAAUCUAAAUGAUUUCUGGGGUCUCUCUGACAUGAAAUGGACUUGGUCAUAUCCUCACACUUUAUAACACAUUCAUAUCCUGUUCUCUUAAACCCACUAAUCAGAAUUUAUUAAACUCUCAGAAUCAUCAGGUUAUCAUUUUAUGAGCUGUGCUGACAGAACCUUUAGUUGUUACUACUUUGUAAUGAUGCUAGACCCUCUUAUAAAGUAUGGCAUUAAGUAGGAUGUACUUGAAUAGAUAAAAUGAGUAUUAUACUUUCUAUUUGAAUGGAUUUCAGUUCUGAUUUGGGUUUUUAAGAUCUCAACACAUUUCUUCUUCAGACUUUUAAAAAGAUGAUUUUAUUAUCCUCAUACAUAAAAGAAUUCAAGGCAAAGGGUUUUGUUCAGGUCUCUGCCAAAAAAAUAUUUAUCAACAGGGAAAUUGGAAUGUUUGCACUGCAGAAUUUAGAAUUUGGUUACUUGCUUUUCAAACAAAAUUAUGGAAGAAAUGAUUUUUGUGAUAUCUGCUAAAAAAAAGUGAAAUCUUGUUUUAAAAAUUAUUAAAGUUAAAUUAUGAAUCUUUGCAAUACAUUUGAAUAGGAAAAAUAAGACAGAAGUAAAACUGAGUGUUUGCAGUAUAGGAAUUGGAAAUUUGAAUAUCGAAAAGGGUAUCCAACCUUGCAAAAAACAUAAUAGGUUAUUUUGAGUUCCUUCACUCUGGCAAAGAUAAGAACCCAAAACUGUUAUAUUAGCAUUACUUUGAUAAAAUAUUUGUUGAAGAUUUCUAAAUAUUUAUAUUUGUGCUAAGACCAAAAUGAUUAGAAUUCAACUCUUGUAACACAGUGUACAUACCAUUCUCAGGAGAUUAAUGUAUUGAACAGUAUAGCUUUCAUGUUUCUUGUUGAAAAGAUUUGUUUCUCUUUUAGAUUUAUGAAAUGUCUUAAAAGUUAACAUGCAUUUGCUGCUUCAGAAUCUGUAUUUUGUGUGUAUAAUUGUACUAUUGCAAUAAAAUCUUGACUUGAGUGUCAUGAAUAUGAAAUAAAUGAAGUGCUACAGUU